GGAGAGGCAUUACGUAAUCACUACUCGGUACUCACUCCCCCAUCCCCCAUCAUGCCUACCAGCUGAUAAGACACACGGACAGACAGACAUCCGGACGGCCAGCCUCCCAGCAACUUCAGUAAACUGAUUGUGACCUGUGCACGGCCCGACGGGGACUGAAGCCUUAUUACCGGCAGACAGACAUGGAGUACUGGAAGCGAAUACCAGACCAGGAAGCGGUGAGGGAGGGUGCCAUGCUAGCCUAUGCUGCCUUGCGACGCCACGUGCAAGAGAGGCCUAAAGAAACCUGUGUAGGCCUCACCUUGGCCGCUGCGGGAAUUUUCUUUUGGAAAUAUGGCUCGGACAUCCGUCACAGAUACUUUGCUUGGGUUAACAACAGGUUUAAUGACUUAAAGCAUAAAGAAUAUGAAGACUUCAAACGCAAAGUAUUCUCCUGCCUGAUGGACUUGACAUCCCACGACCCCAAGCUGAAAGAGGAGAAGACCCUGAGAAUUCUUGAGAUUGGUGCUGGUGUUGGAGCCAACUUUGAUUUCUACCCCAACAACACUCGUCUGAUUGUGGCGGACCCAAAUCCAUAUUUUGAGAAGUACUUCUACGAAAAUAAAGCAAAAUUUCCAAAUAUCAAGAUAGAGACCAUCAUAGUUGCCAAAGGUGAGGAGAUAGACAUGGUGAAGAGCAAUAGUGUUGAUGUUGUGGUGACAACUCUGGUGCUUUGCUCUGUCACGGACAUACCCAAAGUCAUCAGUCAGAUCAAGAGGGUGUUGGUUCCUGGAGGAAAGUACAUCUUUGUGGAGCACGUGAAGGACUGGAACAAGGAUCACAGACUACGCAGAUUCGUCCAGAGUCUUCUCACCGUCACUGGAUUCUGGCCCUUCUUUUUUGAUGGGUGUCAUCUCAACAGGAAUCCCUUGCCAGACAUUGAUGCUGUUGGGUUUUCAAAUGUAUCAUCAAAGCAGGAUUAUGCUCCCAUGCCUGCUUGGUGGAUGAUGGUUGCCCAGCCACACAUGAGGGGAGUGGCCACCAAGUAGUAGCCAAAGGAACAGUGUGUUGAGUCAGCCAGGCAAGCAGUGGUUUUGUACAAGGCUGCCUAGAUUGUGAUAUGUUUUCUUGUCUGUUUUCCACACAUUCUUCUAAAGUCCGGUGUCAUGAGGGGUUUAAAGUGAGUCUUUCUGUUAUCUUGUACCUGUCCUAUAUUCUCCUAAACAAGUCAGAAUUGGGAUUAAGAUAAGGAGUUGACUUAUUCUUUAUCAUUUUUUUUUUUUUUUAUGACUUGGAACUUCUUUAUAAGAUAAGUUUCAAGAUACUUAUCCUCCAAUUCUGUGUAUACAUUUAUUUUUUUUCCUAGUGAUUGGCAAUUCAAUGGGCCUUUUUAUUUUGCUGCCCUUGAUCAUUGCCCCUCUUAAAUGAAAAAGAGUUAUUAUACUCCCAGAAAUGCUGCAGUACUUAUAGGAAAAGAGGCAAACAUCAUCAGCAACAGCAGGUUAAUUCCUGCUUGACUAAACAAUAAUGGAGUGUUGUAGGGAGUCAUUGUUGCAUUUUAUGAAACUCAAGUGAGACAUCCACUCCUUUUUGUAAGUUUCUUUUUUCCUUGGUUUCAGUCACAUAUUCUGUUUAUGUUGUGUGGGAAGUAAAGGAUAGUGUUAGAAUAUUGUGUGUUAAGCUGAGAUAUGUUGGAGGUAAAGGACAGUGUGUUAGGAUACUGUAUAAAGCUCAGAUGUGUGGGAAGUAAAGGAUAGUGUGUUCGAAUACUGUGUGUAAGGCUGAGAUGUGUGGAAGGUAAAGGGUUGAGUGUUAGAAUAAUGUUGUGUAAAGCUGAGAGAAGUGAUGUGUGUAGGGAUGAUAAGACAGGUACAGAAGGAAACCUAUGUUGUGAUUAGCUCCUCAAGGAACAGUAGGUGGAAAGUAAGAUAUUAUGUAAGAUAUUGGAGAAAAGACUUGCAAUUUUAUCUGCUGUAUUACAUUUAUUUUAAGACCAUUUUUGUGCAGGAUUCAUGCAUUCAAAAUUAUAGGGAGGAUCAUGGAUGUGUGGAAUAUUUGCAAGGAGAGAGAGAAGUAUGAAUGAAACAAGUAACACAUUAUAAUAUAUAUUUAUGAGUGACCUGCACUUUCAGGUAAUAAAGUUCAGAAUUCCAUGACAAAUAACCCCACACUGCCAAUGUCCUGCCAAACAGAUACAGUACCUCAGUCAUGCCUCUUCCAGGGUUAACAGUAUGGUUGUGUGUUAAUAGUAAAGAGAAGUAGAUGAGUAUAGUUUUAUUUUUUGGCAGCGAUUUCUUGUGUUGUGUAAAUGCAGAUGAUCGAAGUUGUGAUUUUGUUGUAUUUUGUGUGAGGUUUUGUAGGGAACCAUAGAGGAUUUAAUCUUAAGAGAGGUCUAUGUGUAAUGUACAGUAGUGAGUGACAAGGAAAUUAUAUACCAAUGAAAUACAGUAAGGUCACAUUAAACUUACUUUUAAAGUA